AUGAACGGCGCCAUCGAAACCGUCUUCCGCGAACUUCGAGAUACCAUGGCCCUGCUCCUUCACGACUCGGGCCGUGACCCAUCCUUCUGGGCCCUUGCUGCCAAGCACGCCGAGUACCUCAUCAACAUCCGCCCCAAGGAGCACCUCAAUGGCUAUUGUGCCUAUGAGCUCCUCACCGGCAUCAAGCCCCAUGACAUCCGCGACUUGCACCCCUUUGGCGCCGACGCUUUUGCCUUUGACCCGCUGCGCCGUGGUGGCAAGCUCGGUCCCAAGGCCCGCCACGGUAUUUAUGUGGGCUUUUCGCCGACUUCACUCUCUCACAAGGUCUACUGCCCUGACACCAACACUAUCAUCGAGACCAUCCACGUCAAAGUUGUUCCCCGUGCUCGAGCGCCAACAUCACCACCACCGACAACUACAACAAGCUGCCUGCUACCGUCAAGGAAGCCAUGCACAGUCCUGAUGCUGACAGCUGGACCCGUGCCCUUGAGAAGGAGGCUGAUUCCUUUCACGAGCACAACGUCAUCCAAGGACUAG